AUGAUGCUUGGCCAAUUUGUCUCUGCCCUCGCCUUCACUGGUGCAGUCGUUUCCGCAGCUCCAACUCUGUCAGCUUGGAGCAACAGUUCGUCUUCGAAAAACUCCUCCACAUCAUUGCCGACUGUUGACUUGGGAUACGCUCUCCAUCAAGCUACAAUCAACGAAACCGGAAGUUAUUACAACUUCUCCAACAUCUGA